GGCGUUCUCUUUUUCACUCUCGAGUGUGAACUGUAUGAACUGUGAAGUUACUCUAAUAAUUGAAAAAAAUCUUCUGUUUACAAGUUUACAAUAUUGUUGUACCGAAAUAAAUAACCGUUUAAUUAAAAAUGGCAAUGCACUCAGCAGUUAAGGGUAAACUUUUGGCCGUGAUCGGAGACGAAGACACGUGUGUCGGAUUCUUGUUGGGCGGUGUCGGUGAAAUUAACAAACACAGACACUCGAAUUUCAUGGUUGUUGACAAAAAUACAGCAAUAAUUGAUAUUGAAGAAUGUUUUAAAGGGUUUGUCAAACGAGAUGAUAUCGACAUAAUACUCAUCAACCAAAACGUUGCUGAAAUGAUUCGUCAUGUGAUUGAAGGACAUACACAACCAAUCCCAGCAGUCCUCGAAAUUCCUUCAAAGGACCACCCGUAUGAUGCUAGUAAAGAUUCAAUUUUGCGUCGUGCCAAGGGAAUGUUCAAUCCAGAGGAUGUAUAAGAAAUCCAUUCACCAAAUUAUUUUAUCAUUUGUUUUUUAUUGUUAGUUUGGUCACUUUUAUUUCAACAUUCCAUUCUAAUUAUUUAUUAUAUAUUCAUAUAUAUCGAGAAAAGUGUUUAUUAAAAAUAUAAUAUUGUUUAUUAAGACAAAACAAUGGUUAUUAUUAGAGUAGGCACUUCGCCUUACAUAAUAUUAUUAAGCAUUAUUCUAAAUAUAUACUCAAUAAUAAUAUUCGUAUUCCUACAAUGAAAUCAAAAAAUAAAAUUUUUAUUUUAUUAAAAAAAAAAUUAAGGUGUGGAAAAUUACAGGAAAUCAAAAAUUGUAAAUACCAAAUUAUCUAGACAGUAAAAUUCAUUUUUCCUUAAAA